CAGAGUUGAUCCAUCGACAUGGCUUCUCAUUCCAACGAAAUCCAUGACAUCGACGUCGCCACGGCACAGAACAGUACUGCUCGAGACACCUUCUACCUCCCUUUGCCCCCCCGUCGCAGGUCCUUCAUGGACUUCUUCCCGCCAUUUCUUUUCCAGAAGGUUGUUUCGGAGGUGAUAUCUACGUUUCUGCUGGUGUUCGUGACCUGCGGCAGCGGUGCCCUCAGCAAGCACAACCCGUCGCAGGUGUCGCAGUUGGGGGCGUCGGUCGCCGGCGGUCUGAUCGUCACUGUGAUGAUCUACGCCGUCGGCCACAUUUCAGGGGCGCACAUGAACCCCGCCGUCACCUUGGCCUUCGCCGUCUCCAGGCACUUCCCGUGGGUUCAGGUGCCUUUCUACUGGGGAGCUCAAAUAACAGGCUCUACGAUCGCCUCCUUCAUCCUGCGCGAGCUUCUCCACCCGAUCACCGAUCUCGGGACGACGACGCCGUCAGGCAACGCCGGAAAGGCCUUGGUGGCCGAGAUCGUCGUCACCUUCAACAUGAUGUUCGUCACUCUUGCGGUCGCGACCGACACAAGAGCUGUAGGAGAGUUGGCUGGCUUAGCAGUAGGUUCUGCAGUCUGCAUUACCUCAAUUUUCGCAGGGCCGAUAUCCGGAGGAUCAAUGAACCCUGCGAGGACUCUGGGACCUGCGUUCGCAAGCGACAUUUAUAGGUCCGUGUGGGUAUACCUCAUCGGCCCUCCGAUCGGCACAGUCGCCGGCGCGCUGGUCUACAACUUCAUACGACUGCGCGGCCCAACCCUAUCAGAUCCGUCGCAGAAAGGCAGCCAGAAGUCCCCUUCCAUCAAGACGCGCCGCAUGCAGAGGCAGGACAGCUCUCUCCCUGCGAAUGACGAUGGCGACGCAGUUGCCACUGUAUGAAUUAAUUAGUUAAGUGUAAUAUUUCAGAUAAGUGUAAUCGUGCAUGUCUCUGAAAAUAAUAUUUCUAGUGAUGUGCUAGAAAAUGGAAGAUGAUGGGAAUGCUAAA